AUGAGAAUUAAAGUUACUUUAGAUGGUAAGAGUAGUGUUUUAAAACUUGAUGAUUCUUCUACAGGAGAAGAUUUACUAAUGCACAUCAAACAAUUGAACCCUGAAUGGGAUGAAAUCAAGAAUGCUAGAUUUGGGUACCCUCCGAAGAACAUUAAGAUGGAUGAUCCAGCAGUAUUGUCCCAGACAAUUAAGAAGACUGGGAUCUCCAAUGGUGAUAAUCUGAUGUUGACUUCAAUCAAAUCAUCGGCAGUUACUUCUACACCAGAUGAUCAUGGUAAAAAUGUUGUAAGAAUACACAAGGUUCCUGAAGAUAAUUCAUGUCUAUUCCAUUCAUUAUCAUACUGUCUAAAUAAGAAUUUGGAUCGAUCUCAACAAUUAAGAAAGAAUGUUGCUACAAGAGUGAUGGAAGACCCAGUGACUUAUUCUACUGCCAUUCUUGGUGGUAAAACUCCAAAACAAUAUGCUGAAUGGAUUCAAAGAACAGAUACUUGGGGUGGUGGUGUAGAAUUAAGUAUACUUUGUAAUAAGUUACAAAUGGCAGUGUAUGUAAUUGAUGCUUCCAGUUCUAAAUUAUCGCUGACACGGUUUGAUAAUGAGAUGGAAAAAUCGGUUGAGUAUUGUAUUUUAAUAUAUACAGGCGUGCAUUAUGAUCCCGUUGAAUUCCAGAAGUUUGAUCAGAAAAGACCUACUACAUGUUUCCCAGUCAAAGACACUCAACUCUUGGACUUUAUGAUAUCAGAAUCAAAAAAAUUGGCGGAUGCCCUUCGAAUUGCAGGUGGGACCUUUGACACGGGUAAAGCAGCUAUUGUUUGUAACAUAUGUGGUACAAAAAUGAACGGUGAAAGGGAAGCCUCACAGCAUGCAGAAGUUACAGGGCAUGUAGAUAUGCAACAAGUACGCGAUUGA